AUGCAAAACAUUUCAAAUAAAACUCAAAAAGGAUUUCAGGAUUUUGAAAAAUACUUAAAAUUUAGAUUUGUGAGGAAACAAUCAGUUUCGAAGUUCCUUUUAUUUCAAGACUUCUUACGCUUUGAGAAAUUAGCAAAAAUUUUGGGAUUUACAUUUUUAAAAGACGAGAUCACUCCACCGAACAAGUGGCUAAAAUUAAAUAGUUUAAUUUUGUAUCCUGCAGUUGUUAUCAUUUUCUUGGCACAAAUGAUUUCAAUAAUUAUGUCAGUGCAGCAAAAAUCAUUCUUCGUCACGAUGGAAAAUGUUAUGAUUCUCGGUGGUUACGUCAUUGCAGCAGGAAAACUUUUCAUAAUUUUUCAUUACAAGCGAGAUAAAAUUGAUGACGUAAUUGAAACAUUGGACAAGCAUUUUCCACAUUUUGGAGUUGAUCAGCUAAUAUUUAAAGUUCAGAAAUAUUUAAAUGAAGUAAAGUUAUUUGAAAAAAUUCAGUGCAGUUUAUUCUUAUUUUCACUUUGGCAUGUAACUUUUUUCCCAUUUGAGCAUCAAAUCUAUGGAUUCAUAAGAUCGGAAGCUGUAGAAUGGGAAACUGUUUUGACUAUGAUUCUACCUUUUGAUCAAUUUCAACCAGCUAUAUACAUUUUCAUGCGGAUAUCUGAAACCUGGAUUUUAAUGUUUACUUGCUUCAUCUUUAUCUGCACUGACUUGAUAUUUGCAAGUUUAACUCUAAUUCUAUCAAUGGAGUUUGACAUUCUUGGUCAAGUUAUCAGUGCUAUUGACAUGAUUCAUAGUGACGAGAAAGCAUUAAAGGAACUAAAGAAACUUAUUGGCAUUCAUCAAGAAUUAAUUGAAGUGUCUGAAAAAAUUAGCGAUAUCUUCUCAGGAUUAUUGCUUAUCAAUUCGUUUGCAUCAAUAUUAGUACUAUGUAUUAGUAUCAGUGGUAGGCAAUAUUUAUUUUAA